GCCCUCGGCUUUUGCCAGUCGCCCCAAGAUGGCCGACACAAUGAGUUGAUCCGCGUCGGUUGCUCGAGAGCCUACAGCGAGAAGCAACGGUCGGCGAGGCCUCCCUGUCAGGAGAGCGUGGCACGAGCAGGAGGAGGGAGAGGACCAGGCGCCCCGACUGUCCGCCGCUCUCGCGCUCGCCGCCGGCGCGGCGCCUGCCCUGCCUGGGUCGGCCCCUCGGCUGCCCGCCCGCUCCCUCGCUCGCUCGCUCGCCUGCCCGCUCGCCGCGGGGCCCCGCCCCGGCCCUGCUCCGCCGCUGCCGCCAUGAAGCUGACCGACGGCGUGCUGCGGAGCUUCCGCGUCGCCAAGGUGUUUCGUGAGAACUCGGACAAGAUCAACUGCUUCGACUUCAGCCCUAACGGCGAGACGGUCAUCUCCAGCAGCGACGACGACUCCAUCGUGCUGUACGACUGCCAGGAGGGCAAACCAAAGAGAACCCUGUACAGUAAGAAAUAUGGCGUGGACCUCAUCAGAUAUACUCAUGCAGCAAACACAGUCGUUUACAGCUCUAAUAAAAUAGAUGAUACUAUUCGUUACCUGUCCUUGCAUGACAACAAAUACAUCAGAUACUUUCCUGGACAUAACAAAAGGGUGGUGGCCUUGUCCAUGUCACCUGUGGAUGACACUUUCAUUUCUGGGUCUCUUGAUAAGACCAUUCGACUCUGGGAUCUCCGGUCUCCUAACUGCCAGGGCCUCAUGCACUUACAGGGCAAACCAGUUUGUUCUUUUGAUCCAGAAGGGUUAAUUUUUGCUGCAGGCGUCAAUUCUGAAAUGGUCAAACUCUAUGACCUCCGCUCUUUUGAUAAGGGGCCAUUUGCAACAUUUAAGAUGCAGUACGAUCGGACUUGUGAGUGGACAGGACUCAAGUUCAGCAAUGAUGGCAAACUCAUCCUCAUCUCCACCAACGGCAGCUUCAUUCGUCUUAUUGACGCAUUCAAGGGAGUGGUGAUGCACACGUUUGGGGGUUAUGCCAACAGCAAAGCUGUCACACUGGAGGCCUCGUUUACUCCAGAUUCCCAGUUUAUUAUGAUCGGUUCAGAGGAUGGCAAGAUCCAUGUCUGGAAUGGAGAGAGCGGUAUAAAAGUAGCUGUGUUGGAUGGCAAACAUACAGGUCCCAUUACCUGUUUGCAGUUCAACCCCAAGUUCAUGACUUUUGCCAGUGCAUGUUCCAACAUGGCCUUCUGGUUGCCCACCAUUGAUGACUGAUCCUGAUGCUGUUUGGCUAUUUCUGUACAGUGAGUGUGGCCAGCAGGAAAAAAACUCAGAGGGGACUGAUCUAAUAUUGGGACUUGAUCGUUUGACUGGGCUGGAGAGCAUCCUUCCACAUGGCCUUCCCAUGGAUGUGCUGUACAUCUGCUCAAAAGAAAAAAAGUACUUUGCCAAGCUUCUUCAAAAGGACUCUUGGUGGGGCAUAUUCAAUUGGGACUCUAAAUUUUCUAGCCGUCAACUGCACCAAGCUCCUCCAGAGGAUGACCAGACAGACUCAUGAUUAGGGUAUAGUGGGGCCCUUAAGGCACCUUCAAUUUUGAAUGUAUUUGCUGCUGAGGAGCUAGUGAAGUUAUUAAUUCUGCACAUCCCCUCUCCCAUCCCCCGUAAAUGCAUGGGAAGCCACAGUUCUGGUUUGAGAUGUUAGAGCAGUUCAGUGCACCUUGUCCUCACCCUGCAUGUCUUAUUAUUGGUUUCCCUGUGUUAUUGUGGUAUAAUCCACAACCUUCAUGUUACUUAGGUGCCAAACAUUUACAGAAAUAAGUCUUCAUAUAUCUUGGGGUCAGAAAGGGACAGAUACAGAAAGACCUUGUUGCUAGGAAGCUUGCAAGUUAUAGUCAUUUGAGGGUGGACGAUCUAGACAUGCCUCAUGCUCUGGGUUUUGGUGGGAAAAUACCCAAGAACCUAAAAGGGAGGAAGGGGACUGGGAGGUUUAGCAGUAGCCUAGUGUGGUCCCUCGUCAUCAAGACAAACCCAUGGUCCUCCUGGGUGUCUACCCAGUGUGGUCGUGUACAAAAGCAAGGGAGUCUAUUUUUGUACAUGAGAUACAUCAUACUUUCAUGUGGGGCCAGUAUUGUGGAGUAAGUUUGAGUUGUUUACAUUGAUGCCUUCCCUGCCCACCACAAAUGGUGUACAUAGUCUGAUGAUGAUACCAUCCCUUUCCAGCUCUCAACCAUGAGCUGGCUCCAGGCCUGUGUUAUAUGUUAUAUUAGCCUUUUUAUAUAUGACCUGGGAUUUCUGUUGUUUGUAUUCUAGCACAGUGUGUACACCUUCACUUAAAUAUAUCUAAGUAUGUGCAUACAUAUAUAUGUAUACUAGAGGCCCAGUGCAUGGCAUUUGUGCACUGGGGCAGGGUUCCUUCAGCCUGGCCUGCACCCUCUUGUAGUCUGGGACCCCUUGGGGGAUGUCCGCCUGCCGGCUUAGAUUUAUUCCCCAUGUUGGGAGUUGGCCUAAGCUGGCAGGUGGACAUCCCCAAGGGGUCCUUAGCACUGCUGCAGAGGUGGGAGAGGCUACCACCACUGCCCAUGCACUCAUCCAGCUGAACCUAGCUUCUGGCUGAGCGGCACUCCCCCUGUGGGAGCGCACUGACCACUACGGGGCAGCUCCUGCAUUGAGCAUUUGCUCCCUAGUGGUCAGUGCAUGUCAUGCGACUGGUCAUUUCAUCUUUCAGUCAAUUUGGACUUUAGGGUUUUAUUAGGGUGUAUGUAUGCAUAUAUAUAAAAUACCUGUUGUUUCUUGGAGUUUAGCUGAAGGACAGACUGGGGAAAGACUGCAUUUUUGUUAAUAGUAUUUGCCACAAGUGUUUGUGAGUCUUCCCUAUUACAUUUCCCCUUAGAAGACUUAACGGAGCAAAGCUUCAAGUGUUUGCUAUUCCCAUGGCAGCUAAUUGAGGGUCUUGGGACAACUUCCUUGUGUUCAUCAAGCUGCACUUUGGGGCCCUCUCUGCAGUAUUAGCCCCCUUUUUUGCCUGGUGAUACUCUGUCUGCACCUUUAUAUGUGUGACAGUCACUUCUGCAUGCCUUUUGUGUCUGGCUUACAGUAUUGGGACAGGAUGCUGCAACCAUGGCAUUUUCAGUUUGGGGCUUUACCAAUUACAGGUCACUCCUGUUUACCUGUUAGGUCUUUCUUGUUCCUGUUCCUUGCCUUCUCUUUGGAGAGGGAGGGGUCCUGACCAGGGUUGAGAUGAGCUGUGGCUAGCUUAUGGCUUUUUCUCCCCUGCAUGGCCUUCUUAGAGCAGGAUGAAUGAAUGGCAUGUUAUUUUACUAAAUUCCCAAACAUUUAAUGAAGCAGGUAACAUAUUCCCUGCACUUUCAGAAACAGACUCAACAAGAUGAUUUAAUAGAAUACAUGUCUGCUAGCGGGAAAGCAAGCCAUUACUGCCUCUGUUCAGCAGCAGAAAUAGGCUAUGAAUUAUAAGCAGUUACUAUUUUGUUUUAGCAGUUACUUUUUUUUUCUUUUAAUCUUCACCCAAGGAUAUUUUUUCCAUUGAUUUUUAGAAAGGGAAGGAGGGAUAAACAUCAAUGUGAGAGAUGCAGUAAAUGGUUGCUUCCUGCACAUGCUCCUGACCGUGGCCAGGAUCAAACCUGGUGCAGGCUGAUGCUCUAACCACUGUGAAACACUGGCCAGGGCUAGCAAUUUUGACUUGUUCCUCAAACUUAAAGGUUAAGGGGCAUGCAUCUUUCUCAAUGCCGACUAGGACUUGCGGCUUCAGUGAUACCCACUUUAUAUAGCUUAGCCGUUUAAUAGUGAAGGAAAUUUUAGAAACCAAAUGAACUGAGCUGUUUACUGCCCGCUGCUGGCUUUCCCAGGUUAGAAAAUUCAUGGUAGGGAUAACUUGAGAGAGAGCUUGUAACAGGGUUAAUAGAAACCUGCAUAAUUAACAUAUCUGUUACCAGAGCAGCUACAAGCAUGAUUUUCCUAUCAGCAGGAAAAUGUAUUGAGUUGUGUGUCCAAAGCUGAGGUACCAUGUCCUUUGAAAACAUGCACUCAUGGCCUCUAUAAGGACCUGACUCCUUAAUUGGGGAGGAAAGGAAAGCGAUACAGCUGGAAGUGACGAGAUGAUGUUGGGAAUAAGGCAGAAUAAAGAGAAUAAAGGCUGUUGGCCAAAGAGGCUGAAGGCUGGGGCCAUGGAUGCUCUCAGUGGAGCCAGAGGUGCUUGAAUUCUCAGUGGGUGGGGCUGCUCACCACUUUCAAGUCUGUGCCAGAGCUACCGAUUUGUGAUAGUUAACAGCACUGCAUUCUUCAGCCACCAGCUAGUGGGUUAUUGUUAUUAUUUUUAAGAAAAAAUUCCUGGUUGCAAUAAUACAUGUUUAUUAAAGAAAAUUUGGAAAUUUUAAAAAGAAUCAGUUUUCCACCCAAACGCUAUCGCUGUUAAUCUUUUGGUGUUAAGUGUUCCUCUAGACAUUUCUGUGUGUAGAUUUUUGGUGUGUUUACAUAGUUGUUAUUCUACUGUAUAUACUAUUUUAUGUCUCUUUUGUACUUAACAUAAACAUUUUUCCAUGUUAUCUGUUAAACAG